AUGGUCAUUCUAAUUUUACAGACUCAAAAGGUAGAAGCAAAUGUAGCCUGCGAGUUACCCACUUCUCUUUUAGCUAGGGACUGUAUAGACCUCUUGGAGCAAGGCUUCAAGAAGGACGGCGUCUAUCAUAUCAACCCUGACGACAGAGGGUCUUUCCAUGUAUUCUGUGACCAGACAACAAAUGGCGGUGGCUGGAUUGUCUUCCAGAAACGCUUCAAUGGCUCUGAGGAUUUCCACAGAAACUUGUCUGAUUAUAAAAAUGGAUUUGGGAACCUCAAUGGGGAGUUUUGGCUUGGAAAUGACCGCAUUCAUCGGCUUACUGACAGACACCACCAACUUCUAGUAGAACUUGAUGGAUUCAACAAUAUCACCGGUUAUGCUCAAUAUGAAACGUUCAGUGUUGAUUCUGAAGAGAACGGGUAUAAGAUUCACUUAGGACCCUACUCAGGUUAGUCAGUAAUUAAAGCAAGGGAAUACGGCAUCAAAUCUUGUAAAAUAUACAACACGGAGAAAUUUAUUUUCCUGCAGUUCUGAAUAGUGCUAUUGAUGAUGAUGAUGAUGAUGACGACGAUUGUAGUGAUGGUGAUGGCGAUGUCGAUGGCCAUGGUAAUGGUGAUGACAUUUUGAUCCGCUGGGCAUGGCUAUUUUGAUGUUUUGGUAGUGGUAGUGACGGUUAUGGCGAUGGUGCUAAUGAUAUUGAUGAUGAUGAUGAUGAUGAUGACGACGAUUGUAGUGAUGGUGAUGGCGAUGUCGAUGGCGAUGGUAAUGGUGAUGAUGAUGAUGGUAGUGGUGGUGAUGGUGAUAGUGAUGAUUAUGGCGAUGGCAAUGGUGAUGGCAAUGGUGAUGAUGAUGAUGAUGAUUGUAGUGGAGGUGAUGGCCAAAGCGAUAGCGAUGGCGAUGGCGAUGGCGAUGGUGAUGGUGAUGGUGAUGGUAAUGGUGAUGAUGAUGAUGAUGGUAUUGGUAGUGAUAGUGAUGGCGAUAGCGACGGUGAUGGUAGUGAUGGUGAUGGUAAUGGUUAUGAUGAUGAUGAUGAUGGUAGUGAUGUUGAUGGCAAUGGCGAUGGUGAUGGAGAUGGUGAUGGUAAUGAUGAUGAUGUGAGAUGAUGGUAAUGGUGAUGAUGAUGAUGGUAGUGGUGGUGAUGGUGAUGGUGAUGGUGAUGGCGAUGGCGAUGGCGAUGGUGAUGGUAAUGGUGAUGAUGAUGAUGAUCGUAGUGGUGGUGAUGGCGAUAGCGAUGGCGAUAGCGAUGGCGAUGGUGAUGGCGAUGGUGAUGGUGAUGGUAAUGGUGAUGAUAAUGAUAGUAGUGGUAGUGAUGGUGAUGGCGAUAGCGACGGUGAUGGUAGUGAUGGUGAUGGCGAUGGCAAUGGCGAUGGUGAUGGUAAUGGUGAUAAUGGUGAUGGUAGUGAUGGUGAUGGCGAUGGUGAUGGUAAUGGUGAUGAUGAUGAUGAUGGUAGUGGUGGUGAUGGUGAUGGUAAUGGUAAUGAUGAUGAUGGUAGUGAUGGUGAUGGCGAUAGCGAUGGCGAUGGCGAUGGUGAUGGUGAUGGUAAUGGUGGUGAUGGUAAUGAUGGUGAUGAUGAUGAUGAUGAUGAUGAUGUUAAUGGUGUUAUAAGUUUUUUUUCCAUUUCAGGAACUGCAGGGGAUUCACUACGCUAUCACGAAAACAAAAAUUUUUCUACAAAUUUUCAAGACAACAAUCACCAAGAACCCACCAACUGUCCCCAGCAUUUCUUAGGCGCCUGGUGGCAUGAUAGGUGUAACCCUCUGCAAUCAAACCUUAACGGAGGUUAUUUCAAGAAAAAUAGUGUUCUCUGGCUGAGCUUAAAGGGAUAUCGUAAUUCUCUCAAGUCUACUUCGAUGAAAAUAAGAAGUGUUACA